CUUUGUAUAGGAAAUGGAAAUGUUGGGGAAAACUUGGCCGUGACGUCCACAUCCGUGGUCGUAACUCAGAAUGCUACUGGCAAUGAGUGGGACAGUUACCAGUCGUCUGCUAACCAGAGGAGGUCCCGCACUGAGAGUUGGAUAUGAGUUCUUUUCCUGUCUGUGUUAUCUGUCUACUUUUUUUAGUGGAUUUAGUGUGCGCUAAACAAGUGUGCAGUGAGCAAGAUGUCCUGGAAUAUUUAAAUCUUACCAGAGACAAUGAAAAAUUCACAACUUGCCGUCCUGCACUGGAUUGGACACACCCCACCAUUGUGUAUUUUGAUAUUUACCUCUACGGCAUCCUUUCUAUGAUUGAAAAAUCUCGGAUCUUUGUACCUCUUUUAUGGAUGUGCAUGAGUUGGAACAAUGAACGAAUCUCUUGGGAUCCUAAAGAUUUCUGUGACAUUACAAGUGUUACUUUGCCAACAGAGAUGCUUUGGAAACCAGACCUUUAUGUUCAUGAGAUGUCAGAAAGGGAAGAUGGACCACUGAACCCAUAUUUGUAUAUCACUCAUGAUGGAAAUGUGAAGAUGGAGGACGACCAUAAAAUUGUCAGCACCUGCAUAAUGAAUGUACACAAAUUUCCUUUUGAUACCCAAAAGUGCCACAUCACAGUGUCUUCAAUUAGUUACUCAGAUAAAGAAAUAAAGCUGAUUCCUGCAUCCAAUUCGUCAAAGGCGACAAAGGUAGCUCGAGAAAGCAUAUUAACAAUGGGAGAAUGGGAGUUCCUAAACAUAUCCGUCUCGCUCCAGAAUGAAAGCUAUGAGGGGGAAACAUAUGACAGGAUAAAGUACACGAUUUCACUCAGAAGGAUGCCCCUGAUGCAUUUCAUCAAUUUUCAGCUACCUAUAUUGUUUUUCCUCGUUUUGGACCUAGCUUCUUUUUUCAUCCCAGAUAGAGGGGAGAAAUUGUGCUUUAAAGUGACUGUGCUACUGGGGAUCUCAGUACUUUUACUUAUCCUAAAUGACAUUCUGCCAUCCAAAUCUCACAGAUGUCCUCUGAUAGCUGUGUAUGUUGUUGUCAUCUUUUCUUUCAUGUUGCUGAGUCUUCUAGAGACAAUUUUGGUGGUAUACUUAAUAAAUAUAAACUCUGAACAAGACGCAAAGGAGGUUCAGAGACCUGACGAUCACAACUCUGACACAGAUAACCGGAAAACAGACAGUAAUGAUUGCAUCUGUUACUCUGGAGUGGAAGCUCCCCUUGACUCUCUGAUGUUGAAGGAAAUAUACAGCAAAGAAAGUAUGAAUGAUGUGCAGCUAUUGCAGCUGAUCCUAGAAGAGCUUCAGACUAUCAAACAGACUCUUGUUCCUGAUACUUUAAAAGCCAAAACUGAUCAGAUUUACUGGUUAGGACUGGCCAAAUGUAUUAACAGGGUUUUCUUUGCGGUUUAUCUAAUCUCAGUUUCUCUCUUUCUUGUCUUCAUCGUUCAAGAGUCGAAAGCUGAGUAGCUUCAAACUCGAAAGCUAAAUUAGGGGUUGAUAUUACAUAUAUUGCAUUACAUACCAGUAUUAUAUACAUUUUUUCUUCCUGUUGAGAGCACUGUAGAAGGAGCUGCACCUAUAUUUCAUUGAUUUUCUGAUGCAUUUCUACAGAGCUAAAAAGAAUCACCAGUGUAGAAACCAUGAUCCAGAGAAAGAAAACAAAGAAGUUUAUUUUGUCGGGGAAGUGCAUGAUAUAUGUUCUGCUAUAGGCUAUCCAUGAAAGCAUGAUUGUUCUUUAUCCAGUGUAUAUAUAUAUAUAUAUAUAUAUAUAUCAGCAACGCUGAAAUAAAGUUACAAAUUAACCACCCUUUUAAGAACCAGGCCUGCACCUGUUGGCCUACCUCACCAUAUGCGCUUUGUAAUACUACUUAAUAUUUUGUAAAAUAAAGCAUGCUUUAGUAAAUCACUGAAGAAUAUUGUGACAAAAACUGAAACAAAUCUAAGACAUUCUCUCUGAGAGAACUGGCAGGGAACCAUGUUUAACAAAAUGCAAAAAGUUAAACUGGUAGCUUUAAACUUUCAAGCUACA